AUGAGCUUUAACUCGGAAUGUAUACAAUUUUAUGCAUUAACUGCUGAGAAACUUUGUGUCGAUCUUAUUCUUGGUAUGGAUUUUAUGAUUGCUUUUCAUGCCAUUAUCGAUGUACAUUCUCAACAUUUCUCCAUUAAAAUUGCUAAUCAACGUAUUAUCAUUCCAGUUGAUGAUCCCUUACGUCGGCCACUCGUUCCAAUUCAUGCUGGUCAAUUUACUAUUAUUCCUCCUCAAUCAAGUGUCAACGUUAGGAUUUCGUCUCCUAUUUCUUCUUUAGCGGCUUAUUUUAUUCCAACAUCUACUUUUCUUGAACAUCCAUCUUUAUCAUCUUCCCAAACAACCAUCCAAAUUCAGCAUCAUUCUGCAUCUCUUCGUGUGUUUAAUCAAUCUUCUAUUCCACAACAAUUACCUCGGUAUUUUUGUUUCGGAUAUUUACUGAGUAAUCAAGUUCGACACCAAAAUUAUUUCGAUCAACUUGCCAUCCUUUGUCGUUGUCAAAAUGAAAAAAAGAAUCGUCAACUUUCAUCUGGCACUGUUCCUCCAGCUCAAACUCCUGCUGUAUUACCAUUACCGUGCAUGUCAAUUAUGCGUGCUGAUACUAUUCCAUUACCAACUCAUUUACAGCAGAAUAUGGAUUUACUAGUCAAACAUUUAGUUGAUCCACAUCAACAACAUCAACUCUCUUCCCUUCUCAUGCAAUAUUCGACACUUUUUGAUAAUUCACGUCAUAAUAUCUCUGAUAUUGUUAUCCAUAAUGUGUUCAAUACUGUCCCACAUACACCACCUGCGUCUCGUCCGCAUCGAAAUCCACAUACUCGUGAAGAAACUCAACGUCUUAUUGACGAAUUUCUGGCGGCUGGGCUUAUUCAAGAAUCCAAUUCUCCUUAUGCCGCUCCAGCUUUUAUUGUUCCUCGUAAGGAUAAUCGUCCUGGUCGUCUCGUGGUAGAUUAUCGUGCCUUAAAUAAAAUAACAAUUCCUGAUGCUAGUCCACUUCCACAUGGAGAAGAUUUAUUACAAGAAUUGGGCAAGGGUUAUCAAUACUUUAGUAAACUCGAUUUAAAAUCCGGUUAUCAUCAAUUUCGAAUACCACCUUCUGAUCGUGCUAAAACUGCUUUCGUUGUUUCUCAAGGUCAUUAUGAAUUUUUAGUUCUUUCAAUGGGUCCACAAAAUGCUCCAGCGGGUUUUCAAAAAACAAUGUGUCAGGUUAUGAAACCUGGUCGUGAAUUUUGUCAAGUUUUUCUCGAUGAUAUUAUACUUUUUUCACGAACAUUCGACGAACAUAUACGUCAUUUACAGUUGGCUCUUGGCACUUUGGCUGCUGCAAAACUCGUUCUUAAUGUUUCGAAAUGUGAAUUAGCAGUGGAAAAAGUUGUUGUUCUUGGUCAUACUAUAUCUGCAACAUCUAUUACACCUACAACUGAUGCUAUACAAGCUAUUUUAGAUUUACCCGAACCUCGUACUCUAAAACAAGCUAAUAAAUUUCUUGGUGGUCUUGCCUAUUAUCGCAAAUUUGUUCCACACUUUGCUGCUCUUGCUGAACCCAUACAUAAGGUUACUAAUUUAACUAAAGCUCGUCGCCAUCUGUUUCAAUGGACGAAUGAACAAUCCACUGCAUUUCAUGCUCUUAAACAAGUGCUUACCACUGCACCUCUUUUCCUUCGAUUUCCUGUUGAUGGUUUCCCUCUUCAAUUAGCUACUGAUGCUAGUGGUAUAGCAACUGGUGGUGUAUUAUUUCAAGAUAUUCAUGGUCAACGACAUAAUCUAUUUUAUCAUUCCAAGGUUCUCUCUCCUGUCGAACAAAAAUAUUCAGUUCCUGAAAAGGAAGCUUUAGCUAUUUUUCAUUGUCUUCAACGAAUGCGAACUCUUAUCCUUGGUCGAACUGUUUAUAUUUAUACUGAUCAUUGUCCCAUUUGUGGCAUGUUACGAAAACCUGUUAAUAAUCGUCGUAUUGAACGUGUGGCUAAUUUAAUUCAAGAAUAUCAAAUCGCUGAAAUGAAACAUGUUGACGGUAAAAACAACUGUCUCGCCGAUUAUCUUUCUCGUACUUUGACUGAUCCACUUUUUGACAUUCCAUAUGGUCUUGAAAGUAAACUUACAGUUGCGAACGCUUCCACUUCUUCUUCAUUUCAUCAGUUGGAUCAAAUUUCGGCUAUGACUCUUCGUCCUCGUCCAAAACAGAUUCAAAUAUCUACCCCUGUCGUUCCUGAUCUCGGCUCACCUUCUUCUGAUGCUGUUUCAAUUUGUUCAUCAGAAGCAUCUACUUUAGUGUCACCACCUUUUACUACUGCACCUUCACCAAAUUCUUUCGAUGUUUCUGCCUUACCACAUGAACAACAACGUGAUCCGGACCUUCAUCGUAUUUUUCAACAACUUACUGAUCGUACUGCUUCAUCUUCUUUAACUUCUUCGUUUAUCAUUAAAAAUAAUAUUCUUCAUAAACUUAUUUCUCGUACACCUACAUCUCCACGUAAAUUAGCUGUGCCUUAUCUACCAUCUUCGAUGGUCAAAUCUCUUCUGAUUGCAACACAUGAUGAUCCAUAUCAAGGUGGUCAUUUUUCUGUCGAUAAAAUGUUUGGGUCUACGAAAAUUGGUCGAAAGAAAAUUGGACGAACGAUAAUUGGUCGCCGACAAUUGCUCGAUACGAAAGUUGGUCGCUAUGAAAAUUAG